AAUCAAGGAAGGUUGGGUUCAGGGCACAUAUGUAAACAUGUAUAAUGAUAUGUGUUCAGUAUGUUUUGAGUAUGAAACAAAAUUAUAACCUUUUCCUUAUAUUUAUUUUUACUUUUUUUAUACUUUUACUUUUACUUUUACUUUUAUUUUAUUUUUUUUUAUUUUUUAAAAAAAUGAAAACGGAAGAAGAUCUAUAUAAUCAAUCAACAUUGUUCUAUCCUCCUCUUUGGAGACAAAGAAGAAGUUUUAUUUUAGAUGUCGUUAAUAGGUUUGAAAUCGAAACUAUCCUUGAUUAUGGCUGUGGUGAAGCCUCUGUACUAUCAUUCCUAAUUCCUUCAAUUGAAAAUAAGAUUACUAAACUGGCAGGCAUUGAUAUUGAUCAAAAUGCGUUAGAAGAAGCCAUUGAACGUUGCAUGCCUUGGAAAACCGACUUUGAACAAUUACGACCACAUCCUCUUUCCAUUGAUAUUUUUCGAGGUUCUAUAGGAAUCCCUGAUGAUAGAUUAAAAGGAUAUCAAGCUAUUAUUUGUACAGAAGUUAUUGAGCAUGUUCAACCUAAUGUCUUGGAUUCAUUUUUUAAUUUAACACUAGGCAUUUAUCAUCCAAAGAUAUUAGUUGUCACUACGCCUAAUGCUGAAUAUAAUAUCAAUUUCCCAGAUUUAAAAUAUGGCACUAAAGAAUCUAUCUUUAGACAUGAGGAUCAUAAAUUUGAAUGGACAAGAAAAGAAUUUGAAACUUGGUGUGAAGAAGGAGCAAAAAAGUUCGGAUACAAGACAGAAUACCAUGGUAUUGGGUUACUACAUGAUAAAUAUGAUCAACUAGAAAAUGGUCAUUGUACACAAGCAUGUAUAUUUAUACGGACAAAUGAUAAGAAUGAAAAAGUGAUGAAUACAGAUGGAAUCUCGCAUGGUCAGCCACAUGAAUUAUUAAAGCAUAUUGAAUUUCCGUAUUACAAUGAACCACCGUUGAGCAAAGAUGAGAUUAUUGCUGAAUUAAAAAAAUAUAUUCAAAUACUUUGUGAAGCCGAAUACUAUGUUCAGCAACAAAAAGUGAGUAGAGGACAAAAAGUGAAAAGAAAAGAAGAUACCUUCCCAAUCGAUUUUGAUUUAAUUACUGAUUGGAAUAAUUUUGACCUGUCAAAGUAUAUACCACAACAAGAAGAAACAGAUACUACUUAUCAACAAACUAAUUUUUACACAAAGACGCCUACUGUCUUGCCUUUAUCUUGUCUUUGGAAUAUUCAUCGUAUUCAAUUAAUAUGCAAAACUAAAGACUAUUUUAUACAUUUACUUUCCUUCUUGGACGUACACGAUUAUGAAAUCAAAGACGAUCAUUUAUUUAUUUAUAAGGCCUUUAAAAUAGAAAAUACAAUAGUAGAUUAAAAUAAAAAAAAAA